AUGGAUAAACGUAAAAAAUUAGGAUUAGACUAUGAAAAUAGAAAAGGAAAAAAGAUGUCUAAAAAACUGUUUUCCUGUUUAAACGGAAUGUGCUGUAAACAAAAAUGUAAUGUAGUAUGUUCUGAAGAAACUCAAAAACAAAUAUUUAAGGAUUUUUAUUUAUUGGGUAAUUCAGUUGCUCAAGACCAAGUUAUCAUGGAUGGCAUACAAAUUAUGGAUAAAAAAAGAGCAACAAAAAUCUUUCGUAGAGAAGAACCUGAAAAAACACACAAUAGACAGAUAACUGUUAAAUACUAUUUAAAUCUUAACGGAAAUCGACAAGAAAUCUGUAAAAAAAUGUUUCAAAAUACAUAUGGUAUUAGUAGAGGUAAAGUUGAUGUCAUGAUACUUAAAAAAAUGUCUUCGGCUACUGGAAUUUCAUCUACGACAGGAAAAGGGGCCCACAAACCUCAUAAUUUUAACAUAGACAUUAGAACAAGAAUAUUAAAUCAUAUAAAAAGUUUUCCCCUUCAAGAAAGCCACUAUGCCAGAAAAAGAACUAGUCGUCUAUAUCUUUCUUCUUCAUUAAACAUUAGUAAAAUGUACGAUUUGUAUAAAGAUUAUUGCCAUCAACAUGGAUUUAAAGAUGAAUCAUCAUAUUGGUUGUAUAGAACAGUUUUUUCAGAAACUGGUUUGAAAUUCAAACUUCCAUAUGUUGAUACUUGUAAGACUUGUGAUGAGUUUAAAAUAAAAUCAAAACAUGUAUUUGAUGAAGAAUUACAAAUUUUAAAUCAGAAAAACCAAGACCAUAUUAACAUGGUUGAAUUGGCCUACAAUUCAAAAAAAGAAGACAAAGUAUUAUUGACUACUACUCCAUCUUUAAAAGUUAUUGUUUUUGACUUACAACAGUGUUUGCCUACUCCUGACUUAAAAACCAAUAUUGUUUUUUACAAACGUCAACUCUGGACAUAUAAUGAAACCAUUAGAGACUUGAGUAAAAAUGAAUCUUACUGUUAUAUGUGGCAUGAAGCCAUAGCAGGAAGAGGAUCAAUUGAAGUAGCAUCUAUUUUAUACAAAUUUAUUCAAGGCAAAAUUGAUAACAAUAUCACUCACCUUAUUACUUAUUCGGACACUUGUUCCGGUCAAAAUCGUAAUAUAAACGUUGCAUUAAUGUUUAUGUUUGCUCUUCAAAAUCAUCCUUCUCUUCAAAUUGUAGAUCAGAAAUUUUUGGUGCCAGGACACACACAUCUAGAAUGCGAUAGUGAUCAUUCCAGAAUCGAACGUUGUAAAAAACAAUCAGAGUCAACAAUAUCAAUACCAAAUGAUUGGUAUAAUUUUGUCAGAAAUGUACGAGGAAAAAUACCGUUGAAAGUAAUAGAAAUGGAACAAAUAGAUUUCAAAUCAUUUUCUUCGUUAUUAUCUGGACCAUUAGUAAAACGGGCUCUUGAUACUGAUAAAGAAAAGAUAAAUUGGUUAAAAAUGACAUGGAUAAGAUAUGACAAAACAUUUGGCAUCAUUCAAUUUAAGUAUACAUUAAAUAAAGAAGCUCCAUUUCGCAUUUUGGAUCUAAGAAAAGGAGCAAUAAGAACCAGAAAUAGAGCUGAAUUAACAAGUGGAGUAUCCAACAUAAGGCUUCCACAGACAUACAAUGGGCCAUUAUCUAUUUAUUCAGAAAAGAAGAAGGAUCUAAUUUCUCUACUUCCAUUAUUAGAUCCGAUAUACCACCAAUUUUACAAGGAUUUGAAAACCAACACUAGAGCUGCUAUGAUACAGCAAUCAGAUGAAGAGUCAUCAUCCGAAGAUUAA